AUGGCUUCCCGCGAUUCACCUGGUUCCCCCCUCUCCUCUGUGGGCACAGCAGACGAGUCCGAUCACGAGUCCGUCAAGCAAGAAAGCCGCGCUCAAUCACCAUCAGCAUCAAAUAUGCCCCCUUCAAAGCGACGUCGAACAGGGGUAGCUUCUUGGGAUCGACACACUCCUCUUUCAUCUGUUCAAGAUGAUGCGCCCCCUCCAGCCUCACCUACAGCCUCCAUCUCCUCCGACAGCUCCGGCGAUGUCCCGAACUCCCCUAGCCUCAUGGGCCUCCUGGGCCACCAGGACGACGAUUAUAGCGGAAAAACCUGCGACCAGGUCACUGUAUGCAUGUGGGAAGGGUGCACUGUUGGUGACCUCGGCAACAUGGAUGGCUUGGUGCAGCACCUCCACCAUGAGCACAUCGGGAGCCGACAGAAGCGCUACUCGUGCGAGUGGAUCGACUGCACUCGCAAAGGACAAACGCACGCCAGUGCAUAUGCACUCCGUGCUCAUAUGAGGAGCCACACUCGAGAGAAGCCAUUCUACUGCACUCUACCUGAAUGUGACCGCAACUUCACCCGCUCCGACGCCCUUACAAAGCACAUGCGCUCUGUCCACGAAAUCGACUCCCUCCGCCAAGCAGACGCGAAAUCAAAUGCCGGCGGUGCGCCCAGUACACCAGCCUCGAAAUUGCAGCGCAUCCGACUCAAGCUAUCCCACCCAUCAAAGGAUCCCGGCGCCGAAGGCGAUCAGCCUCACGACCAUAUCAUUUCCAUGAACGCCGCGCCUCCAACAGAUCCCGACGCAGAAGAUAUGAUGAUGCCCGAAUAUGGACCUGAACUCGGCUUCGAUGAUGCGGAGCUAGAUAUGCCUCCUCAUGACCUAUAUAGAUUGCUACGCCGACAGAUCUUCUGGGCAGAGAAUGAGGGUGCUCAGUUGCGCACGCAGUGGGAUGAGAUCCGACCGUUGCGUGAGAGCGCUUGGCUCCAGAAAGAAGCUAUUCUUGAUGACCUCAUUGAUGGAGAAUUGAGACUCUUCAGUGCCAUUGUUGGUGCCGCGGAAAGUACGGUUCCGCUUCCAGGGUCUAACUCGUCAACUAGCCUCGAGAAGCUCCAGCAGCAACAGCGACAGUUUGCGCGGCAGCAGGAGCAGAUGAGGGCUAAGUCGGUUGAGAUGGAAGAGGUUGAAAUGGAAGGAGAGGCGGAGACAGAGGCAGCGGAGGCUAGCGCUGCUGCUUAA